AUGUUAGAAAAAAUUAAUGACACUAAAGAGGUUGAUAGAGAUGAAGAGUAUCUUAUAUUACUUGAGUCACAUAAUACUAAUAAGAACAUCAAUCAGAAGUCAACUGCAUUAUAUUGUCAAACUCAUAUCAAAAAGAAAAAAGAAGACCCUUAG